AUGGCUACUGCUGGUCGUGUUCGAUGUGAAGAUCAGUUCCUGUGUUCCAUCUGUCUGGAUGUGUUCACUGAUCCAGUCACUAUACCAUGUGGACACAACUUCUGCAAAAACUGCAUCACUGAACAUUUUAAUGUCAGUGUUCAACAGAAGUGUCCCAUGUGUAAUGAAGUUUUCUACACAAGACCUCAGCUGAAGAUCAACAUCUUUGUCUCACAGAUGGUGGCUCACUUCCAACAUCAAGCUCAACAUGAACCAAACAUCUACAGCUCAGAUCAACAAGCUGCCAAACCAGGAGAAGUUCCCUGUGACGUCUGCACUGAAGAAAAGCAGAGAACCACAGAGAAACAGGCUGAAGACUUCAUCAAAGAGCUGGAACAAGAAAUCUCAGAGCUGAGGAACAGAAGAAUUGAGGUGGAGAAGCUCUCAGGUUCUGAAGACCACCUCCACUUUGUCCAAAGAUUCACAUCUGUGAACACUGCUCUAUCCAUGAAGACCAGGACAAAGGUCAGUGUCCGUCCACCAUCAUAUGAGGGGACUGUGGUGAGAGCUGUGUCUCAGCUGGAGGACAAACUCAGACAAGACAUGAAGAAUUUGGUUGAGGCUGAGCUGAGGAGAGUCCAACAGUAUGAGGUGGAUGUGACUCUGGAUCCUGAUACAGCAAGUCCUUAUCUUGAUCUGUCUGAUGAUGAGAAGCAAGUUAAUUGUCGUGACAUGCCCAAAAAUAUUCAAGACAAUCCAAAGAGAUUCUCUAUUUGUUGUAAUAUUUUGGGAAAGCAAAGUUUCUCUUCAGGCAGGUUUUACUUUGAGGUUCAGGUCAAAGGAAAGACUAAAUGGGAUUUAGGAGUGGCCAGAGACUCCAUCAACAGAAAAGCUCAGGUCACCUUGAGUCCUCAGAAUGGAUACUGGACCAUUUGGUUGAGAAAUGGAAGUGAUUACAAGGCACGUACUGACCCUCCUGUCCAUCUGUCUUUGAAGUCUAGUCCUCAGAAAGUGGGGGUGUUUGUGGAUUAUGAGGAGGGUCUGGUCUGUUUUUAUGAUGUAGAUUCUUCAGCUCUCAUAUACUCCUUCAUUGGCUGCUGCUUCAGUGAUAAACUCCUCCCAUUCUUCAGUCCAUGUCGCAAUGAUGGAGGUAAAAACUCUGCUCCUCUGAUCAUCACUCCUGUCAGACACACUGAGUAGAAAACCGCAAAGUCCAAGUCAAACCUGAUACUGACUAA